UCUCCUCAGCACGCUCUCUGGCCUCAGUGCAGCAGGUGUCACAGCGCGCCGAUUGAAUCCAUCAGGACGACCAAUUAUAUAUGCUACCGUACAUGCUGUCGUUCAUGGUGCCAGGCACGCUCGUCUGCCUCGACUAACGCACGACUCGACGAAGUCCAAGACUUACUGGCGCCCGUUCGUGCUUUGGCAAGCCCACGUGCUCUAAUCUGCGUGGACUCACUCGUUCCGCACCGCACACUGCCACGCACCGCUCAGCCUCACCGCUUGUCACCUCUGAGCACCGCUCCGAGCUCUGGGAGUGCGAGUGCAUGCGGUGGUUUGACAGCCGGGCAUGGCUGCGAAAGAUGCAGACGCCGCGGCGUUCUCGACGCUAGAGGGGGGGCAAGAUGGCGAGGCUGGUAGAGCGGUGGGGGGAGAGGCGGUGGGGGGAGAAGCGGUGGGGGGAGAGGGGGUGGGGGGAGAGGCGGUCGGGGGAGAGGCGGCGGUGAAGAGAGAUGCGGCGGGGAGAGGCGCGGAGGAUGGCGGUUGCGCGGGUGGCGGCGAGCGCGGGGAAGAGGAGGACGACGAGAUCCCCGACGCCGUGCCGCUCCACGGCUGGGGGACGGAGGCGGCGGAAGCGGCGGGGGAGGGGGGGAAAAAGGAGGGGGAGAAGGAUGGGGAAGGCGGCCGUGCGGAAUUGGACGGCGCAAGGCAACGAGAGGGGGAAGGGGAGGCAGGGCAGGCGGGCAGCGGGAGAGAUGGCCCGCCCGCAACGAGCAGCGGGCGCGGGGCUGUGCCCAUCACGAUCAUCACGGGGUUCCUAGGAGCCGGCAAGACCACCCUGGUGAACCACAUUCUGACGCAGCAGCACGGGCUGCGCAUCGCCGUCAUCCUCAACGACUUCGGCGACAGCCUCGGCAUUGAGAAGGCGCUCGUCCACACCACAACCGCAAGGGGGGGACGUCAGGGGAAGGCAAGGCGUUCCCCCAAUGCUGCCGAUGCUCGUGUUGCUGCUGCUGCUGGUGGUGGUGGCGGUGCGGCGGGCGAGGGGGAGUUGGAGGAGUCGGAGGAGUUGAGUGCGGCGGCGGUGGUGCCGGUGGUGGAGGAGUGGGUGGAGGUGGGCAAUGGCUGCAUCUGCUGCAGCGUCAAGCACUCCUUUGUGCUCGCACUCGAACAGCUGCUCGACAGACGAGACAGGUUCGACCAUGUGCUACUGGAGACCACAGGGCUGGCGGAUCCAGCGCCCAUAGUGGCCAUGCUGUGGCUGGACGACGCCCUCGAGGCCUCCAUCCGCCUUGACGCCCUCAUCACUCUAGUGGACGCGCGCAACUUCCAGCGGUGCAUGUGUGCCUCGGGCCACGCACACUCCAACACGCUGCCAGUGCCACACGCGCGGCCCGCUAGCACGGCUCGACAAGGGUGCGAGGGGGAGGGAAGGGGAGGGGAGGGAGGAGAAGGGGAGGGAAGAGAAGGGGAGGGAAGAGAAGGGGAGGGAAGAGGAGGGGAGAGAAGGGGAGGGGAGCAGGAGGAAGAUGGGGGGCAGGGUGGAGUGCAGGCAGUUACACAUGGGGCAGAGGAGAAGGGGUUGGAGGAUUUGCUGCUGCAGCAAGUGGCGUACGCUGACGUGGUGAUAGUGAACAAGCUCGACCUGCUCGCCCCAUCCCCGCACGAGUCACAGCGCACACACAUCGAGGCAACUCAGAAAGAAGCCCGCAGCGAGCAGGGAGGUGGCAGGGAGGGGGAGGAGAGAAGGGAGGCGGCAGUGAGGGCGGUGGUGGAGGCGGUGCGGGGCAUCAACGCAGGGGCGGAGGUGGUGACGGCUGUGCGCUCCCAGGUGGACGUGCGCAUGCUGCUCAACCGCGGCCUCUACAGCGCUCAGCGAGGCCAUGACAUUCUCCAAGCGAUGAAACAACACAUACCAAUGACAACAACAGAGCAGCGCCACAGUCACGAGCACACGGCGGCAUCCCCACCUCGCACGCACGCCUCCAUCUCCACCUUCUCCUUCACCUGCUCUGGCUCCGUCCAUCUUCAAAAGGUGGAUGAGUGGUUGGGCGCGGUGCUGUGGGAAGGGGCGUCCCAGUACGGCGACAUCUACCGCAUGAAGGGCGCUAUGGAAGUCCAGGGCAGCAACCGAGUGCACGUUUUCCAGGCGGUGCGCGAGCUGUAUGAGGUGCUGGCAGCCCUGCCGUGGCCCCAGGGGGAGGAGCGCCUCAACAGAGUCCUUGUUGUUGGAAAGCGCCUCAACACAUCAGCGAUUGAACAAGGCUUCAAAGCAUGUAUGGCUCUGUGAUGAUACUCAAGUGCACGCUGUCAACAUAUCAUUUGUACCGUGAUCACCCGGAUAUAGGCGCAGCCCAGUGGGCUUAUAGAGUGCAAACGCGCUUAUAUCCGUUAUUUCAUUAUAAGAGCACCCUUAUUUUUAGAAAAUCUAUUCCCUAAAAGCGCAUUGAAUGAAUAUUAAAAAACGGGUGAAUUG